AUGAAGCAGACAAAUUCAUCUGCCUCAAGUAUCGUGCUCAACUUUUCUGGAACUUCGUACAUAACCCCGUUGGUAGGGGCGAUGCUUGGAGAUUCUUUCUUCGGUCACUUUCGAAGUUCACUACUGUUUGCAGUAAUCUACGUGGUGGGGCAGUUUUUGGUCACUCUUUCUGCCAAUGUCCCUGCUCUACAACCAACACAAUGCAAAAUUGGGGAAGAGAUUUGUCCAGCUACCAAGAGGUGGCAAUUGUCUUUCUUGUACACCUCUCUUUUCAUCAUCGCCCUUGGGAGGGCGGGCUAUCCAGCUUACCAAGUCUUGGGAGCAGCCCAGUUUCAUGAUCACAGGCAGAAUGCAGAGAGAAGCGCUUUCUUCACUUACAUGUUCCAGGCUCUCACAUUUGGAUACAUGGUGUCGGCUACAGCUGUAGUUUAUGUUCAAGAGAGUUAUGGUUGGGGUGUCGGUUACAUCCUCACAGCUCUUGCAAGCUUCAUGUCUUUACUCGGUUUGCUAAGUGGUUUACCAUUCUACAGAGAAGGUCAUUCUGAAGGCAACGCAUGUGCCAAGAUUUUCCAGGUUUUGUCGGCUUCGCUUCUUAAGUGCAGGUUGUCAUUGCCACCAAGAGAAGAACUUUUCGACGAUCAAUCUCAAGAUCCAGAUGAGGCAAAUCUAGAUUUCUUCUAUUCUUCAGAUUUCAGAUUUCUGGACAAGGCUGCGAUAGAGACACAUGACGAACAGUUUUUAAGAGAGGGCCGAAAUCCAUGGCGUUUAUGUACUCUGUCUCAAGUGGAGGAAGUCAAACAGAUAUUGCGAUUGGUGCCGGUAUGCAUCUCAUGCAUAAUAUUCACUUCCAUCUAUGGUCAACUUCCUACCCUUUUCGUACUCCAGGGAGAAGUAAUGAACCGAAAAGUCGGUAACUUCAAUGUCGAGAUUCCUCCUGCCACUAUGACUAUCUUUGAGAAUUUGACUGUGCUUCUCGGCGGAUACCUGUACAACAAGGUUUUCAUUCCUACGAUGAUGAAGGUCACAGGGCACCCCAAAGGGAUAUCUCCAUUGCAGAGGAUUGGAACAGGAUUGUGCAUGGGUGUUUUGGCAAUGACUGUGGCGGCCCUCGUGGAGACUCAGCGUUUGGCCAGAAUAUCUCCUUCUGAUACUCAAGGAUCUGAAAUGAGCAUGUUCUACUUGAUACCUCAAUUUGUGUUGGUCGGAAUCGGAGAAAUAUUCACUUAUGUCGGUCUGACCGAAUUCUUCUAUGAUCAGUCUCCUCCAAGGAUGAGAAGUGUGAGUAGCUCCAUUUCUAUGCUUACUCAAGCCAUGGGGAAUUACCUGAGCUCUCUACUGGUGUCCAUAGUGUAUCACUCGACAACUAAAGACGGUAGUCCUGGUUGGAUACCAAACGAUCUCAAUGAAGGUCGAGUAGACAAAUUCUAUCUUCUUCUAGCAGCAUUGUGUGGUUUGAGUUUCAUCUGUUUCCUGAUUAUAGCAUCCACUUUCAAACACCGCAGGGAUGAAAAUCUUCCUACUCGGAGAUGUUCUCCGAUGAGGAAGACCAUGACUUCUCGAAGUUCUUUGAAAGAACCCCUGUUGAGCUAGUAUGACCUUCAGAGUGUCAAUUGUUAUGUCUGGUUCAUUUCAAAAGACCCAAAAAGCAACAACUUUAUAAUAGUUACUGUCUUCACUUUCAGUGAAUCUUACUGAAGAUAUAUCUAAGUUCAAAUAUGAUCGUAUGCUUAGAAUAUGAAUAUGAUACGUCC